AUGGCGGUGUCCUUUAGACUGCUAACUAGGAACGUUUUUCAUUAUAAAACACAGAAUAUCAGCUGUGUGUGUAAAAACCGAGCUGAACAUGCCGGAGGGGUGAUAUACCGCAGGUACAGCGGGGAACCGGAGAGGAAGGACGCACAUUUCGGGUUUGAGUCGGUGACAGAAGAGGAGAAAACACAGAGAGUGUACAAGGUGUUUGAGAGCGUGGCUCAGAAGUACGACAUGAUGAACGACGCCAUGAGUUUGGGGAUCCACCGGAUCUGGAAGGACAUCCUGCUGCACACGAUGAACCCACAGCCUGGGUUACGCCUGCUCGACACGGCCGGGGGAACAGGUGACAUCUCUUUUCGUUUUCUGAACUACACCCGCUCGGUCCACGAGCGCCAGCUACGCCAGAAGGCUCGAGCCAAUCAGACGCCGUCGUGGCAGGAGAUCGCCAGCGGUUACGGCUCGGCCGGAGCGGCGCUUCCCGAGUCCUGCGCGGUGGUCUGUGACAUCAACAAAGAAAUGCUGAAGGUUGGAAAAGAGCGAGCGGAGAAAGCUGGAAUCACUACGGGUUUGUCCUGGGUGGUAGGAAACGCUGAGGAGCUCCCGUUUAACGACGAUCAGUUUGACGUUUACACCAUCGCGUUCGGCAUCAGAAACGUCACACACAUCGAACAGGCUUUGCAGGAAGCGUUCCGUGUUCUUAAACCUGGUGGACGUUUCAUGUGUCUGGAGUUCAGUAAAGUGUCGAACCCUCUGCUCUCCAGGUUGUACGACGCGUACAGUUUCCAGAUGAUUCCAGUGUUAGGGGAGGUGAUCGCCGGAGACUGGAAGUCGUACCAGUACCUGGUGGAGAGCAUCCGCAGGUUCCCUGACCAGGAGACGUUUAAGGAGAUGAUGGAGGACGCCGGGUUCUCCCGGGCGCAGUACACCAACCUGACGGGAGGGAUCGUCGCCCUUCACUCGGGGUUCAAGCUUUGAUUCGAGCGCACGUGGGGUUUCGAACCCAGCGUGUUCUCACACUCCCGAAGAGACACGGACGUUGUGAACGUGAUUAAAGCACAUCCUGUACGAUCAAUAGGUCUCCUGAGCGCCUUCGUAACGGACGCCGUGUUAAUCGUGGCUGUAGAGGUUCAGAGGUUCCUGAUCUGUGGUCAGCGGGGGGGGGGUUUGUGCUUCAUAUGUGAAGAUUUUGGGGGGUUUUGCUACAGGAUAUACGAGGAUGUUCUGAAAGUUUCCUCACUUGUAUAUUGUGAUUAUAAGCGCUGAGGGUGAAGCAGGUAGAAUUAGCUCCAUCUGAUUUCCACCCGUUUGGAUGCUGAAUGCAGCUUUAAGGGGAAGAAGAUUUUCAUGUGAUGGUGUGAAAGCAGCGGCGCAUCAUGAUGGAAUUUUGGUUUUGAAUUCUUUAUAAAUAGAGAUAAAAGUGCGGAAACUUUUUGAAGACCCUCGAACUUGUUGCAGCUCAACAUGUUUCUCUCUAGUGCAUAAUAAUAAAGUCUUAUUUAACAAUUGUUUUAAAUUGCAGUAAUACGCUCGUCUGAAUUAGUGAUGCAGUUCUAACACAUUGCUGGUUCAGCUGAUGAAGUACAAACGUCAAGAAAGUGAAGUCUCCUGUUAAUGCUGC